CAUACAUGAUUACAGAUACAAUGACAUGUGUGACUAGGGACUUGUCUUAACGUAGACGGAUAGGCUCCCUUGUCAAUAUUGUACACACGGAUUUUAAUUCGAAACCGAAAGUACUAUUUUAAAAGUACUUGACGGUAAAUUAUAAUAACAAAUAUGGUUUCGUGUGUCACAGACUUGAUCCAGUCUUGCCUCCGAUAUUUCGAAAAACGCGAACGUUUUUCACUAUGUAGCAAUGGGUCUGACGAUAGCUUAAUUUACCCGAAGCAUAACCCAAUAAGGGUACAACCCACAGGCCGAUUACAUCAGAAGGAGAGGUCCAAUCGAGAGAAGAGUGAAAGAUGUAAAUAUCAUGAAGAACACAUUAGCCAACUGAGGAGUGCUGCAAGUAACCAUGAGGUCGAGAUAAAACAACUUGAAGAAGACAACAAGCUGUUACAGGAAAGAUGUUCCUCUCUUGAAGAGAACAUCCGCAAACUGUGCAGUGACGCAAGUAACUAUAAGGUCAGGAUAAAACAAUGUGAAGAAGACAAGAAGUUGUUACAGGACAAAUGUUACUCUCAUGAAGAACACAUCAGCAAACUGUACAGUGACGCGAACAACUAUAAAGUCAAAAAUAUACAACUUGAAGAACACAAGAAACUGCUACAGGACAAGGUCGACGUAUUGUAUCUAAAUGCUUCAAAAUCAAUAGCCAAAAGUGGACACUUAGAAAAUACCAACGAUAAGUAUUCAAACACACGACUGGCGGAACGAUUUGAUGGGAAGGUCAAGGAUUCAUGGUUGGAUAUAUGUGACCUUCUGAACGACGUUUUAACGGAAUGGGAACGUGUACAAGCAUUGUCUAGAAUUAUUAAGAACAUAUCGACCAAAUGCACCGAAAAGGCUGAUACAGAUAUUCAGGGCAUCACCUGCAGCUCUGAAGUGGAUGAGAUGGAAAUGAACACCUUAAUGGACAUCCGCAGAAGAUGUGGUCAAACAGAAAGUAAAAUGGAGGCCGUCGUCAAGGAAAUGGCUGAUAGUGUAUGGAGUACUGAAGAUGUUCUGAUAAUAACUGAAGCAAAUCCUACUGAAGAAACCAUACAAAGCCUCCGUAAUUUUAUACACGAUGUAAUAAAGAUUUGCUGGUUAAUGGCCAUAUCACAGCCUCCCCUGAUGCUCAAUUUUGAAGUUGAAGGCACCAUGUAUACACCCCAUGUCAAGGAAAGGUUUACGGAAUAUUCGACCGAGGAUGCUGUGGAAUCGAACUACAAGCCGGGUACCAUUUUGCUAGUUGUGUGGCCAUCAGUAGAAAAAAGGAACCAAAGUGGAUUUUUGAAGAAAGGAGAAGUUAUCGUUAAACCUUAAUCUGUUGUGAUCGUUUAAUAUUUUAAAACGCGUUUGAUGUUUCUACAUCAAUAUGGCAAUAAUGUAAAGUUUGUUUGUUGCUUAAGGGCAUAAUAUUUAUCGGGUUGUGUUUCUUCUAAGCAUAUAUUGUUUGCAAUUAGGUAGUAGCAAGUGGUCUUAUGUAUUUAGUGUUUUGAAGAAAUGAAACUUACGUGAUUUGAAUACGUAGUCAUAUUUACCCAACGUCUGUUGUUCAUUGUAUGUGGAAUUUUAGUAUACAGCGUGAUGCACACGCUCCUUAUCAUAUACAGGAUGUGAAUUUGCUUGGUUGUAUCAAUUAUAAUCUAUUUAUGUUUGUUUUAUUUCCUUUUUAAAUCUAACUUGCAAUAUAUAUUAACGAUGGAGCGCUUUUAUAUUUAGAUGCAGUUGUUACUUUUUAGAAUAUGCAAAAGCAGAAACGUCGUAACGGUUUAUUAGGAAAUACAAAUCAAAAAUCGCUGAAAGAAAAACAAUGUAAUAAACGCACUUACAAUUAAGCAUAGGGUUAUGUUAAUGGUCAUACGUUCAACGCGCAAAUAACUGCGUUCACUAAUCCACUGAAACUAUUGAAAACAUCUACGUUCAUAAGUAUGGAACUCGAAAUUUCACAGAAAUCAAUAUUGAACACACUACGCUGUGUAUGACAAUAAAUAUUGAAACUUAUUCCCAUCAUCAGAUUCUUUUAGUGUGUGUGUAUGUUGUCUUAGUUCAGUCUUCAGAUGCUGUUAUUAUUAGAACUAUUUUUCGUGCGUGGAUGAAACAUAUUUGCAAUCUUUCUUAUUUUAAGAUUUGUUAAAAACACAUGUCUGUCACAAACUUGUUAGCAUUUUGGCUUUUAUAGAUGGACAGUAUUUUAUGUAAAUUAAAAUGAAAUUGAAGCAUAUCCUCAACUUUUCUUAAUAGAUUUUCAUCCCAUACGACAUAUUCGAUUAGAGCCUCGCGUUUUAGCUUUCAAGUCUUCUUUCUGUCUGCAUAUGAUGACGUGUUAACAUUCGUUUAAGACGCGUGGUAGUUUUUUUAUUAAUUCUGAAAUAUGUGUGAGGUGUUGCUAGCAUCAGAAAAUGAUCGCUGCAUCGUAAAGAUGGAGUUUAUAAAAAUCAAUGAAUGUGUGUAAUCAAACAAAAACUGAUAACACACCUGGUAAUACAUAAUGUUUUAUCAAUAACUAAAAAAUUUCAUGUUGUCAGCUUUUGUUUCCUCAUUUAUGUUUAACCGACUUUGUUGACAAACAAAAACUCUGCACUAAGUGUUUUACUCUCUUUUUUGCGAUUUUGAGUCGUUCAUUUACAUAUUUAUUCUAAGGAAGUAUAAAGUGAGAAACCAUUAUGAAUACAGAGAUUUCCAAUUAUACUAUUUAGUACGAAUAAAUACAAAAGUAUUUUGUUUAAAAAAUUAGCAAAGAAUGCUAUUUAUUUGAUUCAUUUCAUGUACAUUAACGAAUAUAACAAAACAGGCAAAAUGUAAUUAAAAAAUGUAUAUAGAUGGGCUAUCAAAAGUAAAUAAGUCGGUACAGCAUGUAUUGCACGGUUAAACUAUGUUUUUCCUGGGAAUGAUGUGUUCAUUCACGGAUGAAGACGAACGUGUUGAACAGAGCAGUGUGAGAGAAGGCUAAACGUGAAUAGCAUAGAUCUACUUCGAUAGAAAGUAUGGUUUUACAUGUUAUGGUUCCACAAAAGUAACGAUGCAAGUUCAUGUUGGUGCAUUUAAACAACACAUUUAUAGUAGUGUGACUGCAAACAUAAGAGCUUUCAACCAUAGAUGCACAUUUAUAUUUCAAUGUUGAUAUUUGCAACAACCUCAAGUAAAUUCCCAGUAUUUUCCCCAAAUUGUCAGAAAAUUACAACACAAGUCCUUGCGUUUUAAAGCCCAAAUACUAUCUUAUAAUGACCGAUAUUUAAAAAUUUAAAAUUUUCAACAAAUGUUUAAAUUUUUGUUAAUAAUUACAAGUGCUGAAAAUGUCGACCGCCGUCUUUUGUAGUUUGUUUAUUCUGCAACACGUUGGUUUAUCGACGUACAUAAGGCGUAUUUGCGUGCAUUCAGAUAGAAUAUAUAUCGUCAAAAUGACGUUAAGUGUACUUUUUCGAAAAAACAUGGUGCUUUAAUCAUUAACGGGGAUUGUGAUUUGUCACGAUUCAAGUAUUAUUAAAGCAAAAAACGAUUUCAAACUUAUAUAACGAACUAUACCUGCAGCAGUUGCGACAGUUGUUCCCCUUUAUCUGUGAUUGACAUGAGUUUAAUCCAAAACGAAAGUAAACUAUAUACAAAUCGAAAGUAAACUGUACUUUUAAAAAUGGGUGAGGGAUUUAGCACGUGUAGUUACAAAAUAGACCAUGGGUAUUCCACAGGCAGCAGGAGAAUCGAACACGCAGAAAACAUAGAAUUGCAACGUGUUUCGCGUCAUCACAAAUCUAGGGCUGUCGAGGAUUUGCAAGUGCGGCUUUUUGAGUAUGAAAAGGAAACAUCGACGUUGAAAGAAAUUACGUUGCAACGGGAGCGAUUUGAAAACGAAAUAUAGAGGCUGAAACGAAAAUUAGACACUUUGUACGCUGCUUGUGCUGAGGAAAUGGAGAGAAGCGGAUGUAUGGAGAACACCAACGAUGUGCACAAUAACAAUAACCUAGCCGACCGGUUCGACGGCAAGGUCAAGGACUUGUGGCUGGACCUGUGUGACCUUAUAUCCCAUUACUUUCCAAAUUUUUCAGAGCAAGAUCGGUUGAAAAUAUUGUCCUAUAUUACUCAGGUGGCAAUGGUUAGCCCUGGCAGCCUUCCAGCACUUUGUUAGAAGCCAAAUAUUGUUGAGAAUCAGGUGGUAGCUGCUGUGCAAAGAUUUGUUAUAGAGGUGAAAAGCUGCCAACAAGUUUGUCUUUGAGAAGCGCAGAAGACAUUUAAAUACAGAUGAUUCCUGUAGUCCAGAGUGUUAAAUUGAAAAGGAAAAAAACAACAUGACAUGACUUAAUUAAUUUUCCAUUUACAAAGAUGUCCAAUAUCUCUACACCAUGGUCCAGCCACCUGGCCUGACAGUAAUAGGUAUCCGGAGGUCCUGCUGGAUGAAUUUUGUUCCCAAGGCACGGUGGCGGACAGUACUUGCAAAGUACAACUACCUACAGGAGAUGCCAGUCAACAGUCAGUGUGUGAUGCAAGACACACGUAUUCAGCUCGGCUAUCUGAUAUAAACCUGCUUGGUAGUUCAGGUUCAGUGCUGAUGGAAAGAACAUGGAGAGGAUCCUGCUUUAACCGUGACCCGUCCUUCAGUUGACUCGAUAGGUAGUGCCAGAGUAACUACCAUUGCCCAUGAAAUGGCCAGACGCCCUGAAGAUAGGAACCUCUGACCCAUACGAGUUCCUGAUCCAGAGCAGCUUCAUAGGCGAGCCCUUAUGGUACAUGUCAUAAGUAAAGUGAUAUCUGCCUUAAAAAGCAGAUGCUAAAUGCAUUGCAUUUAAAAAGCUUCAAAACUUACAUUUACACAUUUGUGUGCAAAGCCUUCUUGAAAUAGUUAAAAUAGUUGACAGAAAUAAUUGAAACCAAUAUAAUUGCAGUUAAUGGGAACAUCUUCAUAGUGUUAGCAAACACACCUGUCCAUAUGGAGAGGAAUACCAGGUUCAAAUCCUGGUGGGGAUCCCAUAUAAGCAGCAACUUACAUAGUGUAUAUAUAGAUUAUACAAAUAAUCUUAUUUGUUGUGAUAGUGUAUGAUAUGUUAUUUGCAUAUUAACAUUUAUACUAUUUAUUUAUAAUUAUCUCUAUCAAGCAUACAUAGGCAGAAAUUAUAUUUUGGUUUAAUUCAUGCUAUGUAUUAUAAGUAUUAGGGCACCAUCAUUAGCCUCACUCUAUAUCAGAUGCCAAAACCAAAGGCCCAUAAUUCUGUCAUAGAAAUUUAUCAUAAUUAUAAAACUGUUUAUCCCCUUAUGAAACAUUGUGUGUUUCAUUGAAAUGAUGAGGUAUACAAUAAUAUGAUAUAAGCUAAUCGUUGUGUUCUGAGUGGUUUUCAUAGUAAGAAGUGAGCUUUUAAAAGUGUAAUUGUAUGUUGAAUGCUUUAUCUUAAAAUGCUAUGAUUAUUAUGACAUGCUAUGUGGUUAUGUUGGUAUGAUGGGUUUGUGGUGAUAUGUAGUUUGUUUAAUACUGUUUAUGAUAGAAUAAUAAAUGUUUUUGUUGAUUUGCUGUGUGCUUAUGGUGUUAUGCUUGGGGUUGUUAUGGUAUGAACAACAAGAUGAUAUUCCACCUGAUUGUAAUGGUAUGCUGUGUGUGUGUGAUGAUAUGCUGGGAAGUUAAAAUAUUGUUUGUGCUAAUUAUGGUAUAUUGUUCGCGGAAUAUGUUAUGUUGGUGUUUAACAUGGUGUCUCUGUGCUUAAUGUGGUAUUGUAUGUGUUAAAUAUCGAACACUCUGUAAUUGAUAUGGUAUUAUGUGUGUUUAAAGUGGUAUGCUGCGUCUUAAAUAUGGUUUGUUGAUUGAAAAUAUAUCAGUGUGGUGUGAC